AUGGCAAGCAAGAAGGAGAAGAAGUUAGCGGAGGACCAGCUCGUCCUGAAACGGGUACUGGCUCUUCGAGAUGUGGUGGAAAGGUUCGUCAGCGAUUAUGACCAGCAACGCGAUUCUUCCGAAGUCUCAGUACGACUGGAUACAUUGGACAGGAUAAACAAGGAGUUCAACAAUAUUCAAUCGGAGAUAGAGAAACUGGAUGCAGCGGAGAACUUCGAGCGACACAUCACGAUACGCACCGAUUUUGAGAACCGCUUCUGCAGCAACGAUGAAAUUCCGACAGUUAACAAGCUUCAAUACCUGCUGCAGUCGUUAGAAGGAGAUGCCAAAAAGCCGUUUGAGAGUGUCGAUAUUCAAGCGGACAACUAUGCGUCGACCUGGGAUGCCCUGAUGAAAAGGUACGACGAUAAACGAUUCCUCAGGAAAGAGUUGUUUAGAGGAUUGUUCGAUCUACCAUUGAUGAAGCGUGAGUCGGCACACGAGCUGAAUACUCUUGUUGACGACUUUCAACGGCACGUCAAGGUUUUGGGCAAACUCGGUGAGCCUAUAAAGCACUGGGACACUCCACUCACCUUCAUCCUUUGUAACAAGCUCGAUGUAUCCACGCUGCGUUCCUGGGAGCAUGAAACUCGUCAGAAGGAAGAGGUCAAAUAUGAUGAGUUAGUAGAGUUCCUCAUACAGCACGUACGAAUGCUCAAGUCAGUUUCCAGUGAUCUACAGCAUCGUUCCCAAGGGGCUACCAUCAAGGUGGCUGGUACAAUUCCCAAAAAAUUGACUCUACAAUGCCAUGCCUGCUCACAGAAGCACCAACUCUAUCAAUGUCCACCGUUUGCCAAUCUUAGUGUCAAGCAACGUCGAGAAUUGAUCUCCCAGCGAAGCUUGUGUUGGAACUGCUUCCGCCCAAAUCACCAAGCAAAGAUCUGCAAAUCUAAGUUCUCGUGCAGAACGUGUCACGCUAGGCACCACACGUUGUUGCAUGACCAAGCUGCUCCAAAGAUCACACCAAAUCCUGCCACCAAAUCAACUCCUGCUAACUCGUCGAAUUCUGCUCCGCAACAACAAACUCCAUCCACGUCGGGGAACGUGGGGACCGCUGGAUCAUCUAAUCCACCCGAAGUGAACCUCUUCGUUCAAUCUCGCCAUAGUACGGUCCUACUGGAAACGGUUGUUCUAACCAUCGUCGACAAACACGGCAAGGAACUUCGUGUUAGAGCCCUACUCGAUUCAGCAGCGAUGUCCAACUUCAUCACGAAGAAACUGGCAAACACACUUGCCACCCGUCAAGCUUCCGUGGACAUUGCUGUUGCUGGAAUCGGAGAAUCCGUCAAGCAAAUCAAACGGCAAAUCACUGCCACGAUCAAGUCACGGACAAGCUCCUAUUCCACCACACUCGAAUUUCUCAUAAUGAAGAAGCCAACCGCUAAUCUGCCAACAAUUGCCAUCAAUACCGCUAUGUGGAACAUGCCAAACGUUCCACUAGCCGAUCCGCAUUUCAACAUUCCGGGCAUGGUCGACAUCAUUAUCGGUGGAGAAUGCUAUCAUGAAAUCCACACCGGUAACCGUUUGUCAAUCGGUGACGGUCUACCACUACUGUCUGUUACCUAUCAACCGUCGAUCGAUCUCUCGAAACAGCAAUUCAACGUUUCUGGGAGCUAG